AUGGGCAGCUCCGCUGGCAGCAAAAGCAGCAAAGGCAAUGCCUUCACCGGUCCUUGCAUUUCUGGCUCCAGCCUGGACCCAGCUUUACUCUCCGGCCUUCCAAAGGCAUUUGACUGGCGGAAAAAAGGAGUCGUCUCCGAGGUAAAAGCGCAGCUCGAGUGCGGCAGCUGCUACGCCUUCUCCGCCAUUGGCAGCCUGGAGGGCGCCUACCAGAUUCAGGUGGAAAAUAGGGGGCGCAAUUUGGCGGAAGAGGAAGAGGAAAAGAAAACUGAAAAAAGCAACCCUAAAGCGUUCAGUGAACAGGACGUGGUCAACUGCUACAGCAACGAGGGCAGAGAUGGCUGCGGCCUCGGCUACCCCCACGAGGUACUCAAUAUGACCGUCUUCAGAGGAGUUAUGCUCCAAAAGGAUCGGCCGUACAUUGGAAAGGCUGAACAGUGCACCUCACCAAAUCCCGUUUAUGCUCGUCCCACCAGCUGGUGCAUGAACCAAGGUGCCAGCGAUGAGAUCUUCCGAGCGGUCGUUUACUACUUUGGGCCGGCCAUCAUCGGCUUCAACACCGACGACCCGGCCUUCUUUCAGCUGAAAGGCAGCCCCUACUAUCGGAAAUGUUUACCUGGAGCGGCAGCCGAUCAUGCAAUGUUGCUCGUGGGUUGGACCGAGGAGGGCCACUGGAUAAUCAAGAACAGCUACGGGCCGGAGUUUGGCCUUGAAGGCUACCUGCAGGUGCCGGCAGACAUUGCUCGGAGCUGUGGAAUGGCCGCUUUCACGGGGGCACCCGUCUUUGAGCGAACAGCCCUGCACGAAGAGGUGNAUAAUCAAGAACAGCUACGGGCCGGAGUUUGGCCUUGA